CAUUUAACAUCUCUAAGGAUUUGGUUUUGCUACGUAAACAUUGGGGCAGUCACGACUGAGUUUUCCUCUGUAUACGGUAGAGUACAGUAGCAGAAUGGGUUUUCUCGUAUUAAGAGUUAGUUGCAAUCUAACCUUGUAGCAGUACAUCACAUGACCAAAUUACACAGAACACAUGUUCAGCGUACUACAAAACUUGUAGCUUUGACUCAUCUUGCAAAUCUCACACUAGGUCCGCAGUGUUUACGAAAUCACGAGAAGUUGACGCAAGAGCAGGCUUGUCAUCUCCAUAUCUCCAGAAUCUCUGCAGCAUCGAUCCGAAUUUUAUUUGCGAGGCUAAGAACAAAAUGAUCAGCCUUUCUGUGAGGUGAUCGAGCAGCUGUAUUUGUCGACUUAGAGAUUUGAUACUGGUUGCCUGACUGCGACGAGAUUUUCCGAGCGGCUGGUUAUCUGCUAUCAGUGGGGUUGGUAUGGCCAACACGUUAAGGCCGUACUUGACAUGUAUUCGAAAUACUCUCACGGCAGCCAUGUGUUUACAGAAUUUCCCAUGCCAGGAGGUCGAAAGACACAACAAACCCGAAGUUGAGUUCAAGACGAGUCCCGAGUUGCUGCUCAACCCUGUUCUGAUAUGCAGGAAUGAGGCAGAGAAGUGCUUGAUCGAAACGUCAAUCAAUUCUCUUCGAAUCAGUAUCAAGGUGAAGCAGGCCGACGAACUUGAAAACAUAUUGGCAAAAAAAUUUCUACGGUUUCUGUCUAUGAGAGCUGAAUCGUUCGAAGUUCUUAGACGAAAGCCUGUUCAGGGCUACGAUAUCAGCUUUUUGAUCACAAAUUUUCACUGCGAGGAGAUGUACAAACACAAGCUGAUUGAUUUUGUUGUCGCAUUCAUGGAGGAUAUCGACAAAGAGAUAAGUGAACUGAAGCUGUCUGUGAACACUCGGGGACGCCUGGUGGCUACCGAGUAUCUACGUCAGUUUCUGUAGGCCAGAACAAACACCUUCGAACUGUGAAAUUCAACUUGUUUCAUGUAAUCUUUAGUUAUAAUUUCUAGGAAGAGAUAAAUGUAAGGAUUCGAAUGUGGAGUCCAGGUCAACCAAAGCCUUAAGUAAUGCAGCGGAGGUAAUAAAACAUGCUGAGUAUCGGAGUCAAUGUGUGGAGGCAUAUUCUUGCCUUGAAAUGUCUAAGCGAUCCGUGGUAGCUGAAUGAAAUUGAUGGGAAGCGAGUCUCGAGCAUUUUGCCGGUCAAAUGUGUGAUGUGACC